UUGCUACGAUCAAAGCACAUUGCUUUAUUUUUCUAUCCCUUUAGAUCCAAAGACUACGAAACUGCGGCCCACCACUACCAGCGGGGUCUCCUCUGUGCUCAGCGAGCCUUUCCCGUGAAGACAGAAGAGGCGAAGGAGAAGGAACCCUCCUUCGCCUGCGGAAAGGAGACGGAGACGGAAGAGGCUGCUUUUCUGCACGGUAAUCUCUCCGCCGUCUACUUCCAUCGAGCCAAGUGGGUGGAAUGUGCCUGGUCAGCCUGUCUGGCCCUUCAGCUACACGACGAUGGUGCAUCUGCUGCCAGUGUUACUGCCCCCGUCAUCAGGCGAUUGGUCGCUCGGCUGCGGCAGGCCUGUUCCCGGAGUAUGAUGCGAAAGGAGAGUCGAGGAGGAGUGUCGCUGCAGCGGAGGAGGUGCAUCAUGACGUUUUUGGGGAGGUCCGCAUUCCGGAACCCCGAUAUGGCCGCCAUCCUGAUGUAA